CAUUGCUUUGCGGGCCACAGAUCCCUGUAGCCGCUGAUCCCGAGGUUCGGCACAGCUCCACUGGUGUAUAGUUCACAAGGCAUUCCGGAUGCAACUGAACGCUCCUCCCGUUGCCUGGUAUCGUGCCCAAAAGUCCCGUCAUUCUGUGCGGUUCCUGUGUAAAACCCCCUCGCUAGCCCCUCACGCUUUCCCGUGUAAUCAACAGCAACAACAAGGCGACGGCCAUGGCUGGAAAGUUUGAGCCUAAGGUGCCCGUCCAGCUGGCCCCGCCGAAGGAUGACCCUAUCUCGGUUGAGGAGCUGGCCAAGGCGAACGGAGAAAACGGCGGGAAGUGCUACGUUGCGAUCAAGGGCAUCGUCUACGACGUAACAGGCAACAAAGCCUACCAGCCAGGCGGUGCCUAUAACGUCUUCGCCGGCAAGGACGCCUCGCGGGCCCUGGCCAAGACGUCAACCAAGCCUGAGGACGUGCGCCCCGACUGGCAGGACCUGCCCGACAAGGAGAAGUCGACGCUGAAUGAUUGGGUGACCUUCUUCUCGAAGCGGUACAACGUUGUCGGGAAAGUGGAGGGGGCAACGAACUUCGAGUGAUCAGUGAGUCAAAGCUAGCUUCUGUGACGAGAAAAGACGUUGGUAGAGCAGGGGAGGAGAUGGGGCGUGAGGGCGGUGAGGUGGGUUAAAGGGAGGACGGCGAAGGGACGAAUUCAGAGAGUCGCAGACCCGCCCGUCAUUGAUUCUGAGCGCGUAUGCUGCAGUGGAGGUUCACCUGUUCUUAUUUGGCAAACCGUCUCAAUACCUGUCUUAU